AUGGCCACUAGCAUGUGGACUUCUCACCCCUUCCUCUUGUUCCUGGUAGCCUUUGCUUCUCUCAACCUGAUUCCUCUUCCCUUCAAUGCCGACGCAAGGAUACUUCUUCACAGCUCCGCUCUAAACGAAAGCAAAGCUUUCUCGUUAAAGGGCGGCGGCGGCGGCGGCAAGGGCUUCGGCAUUGGCGUGAGUCGUAACGGUUCAGGCAUAAACAUCGGCAUUGGUGGGGGAAUUGGCGGCGGCGGAGGGACCAGUAAAGGCGGCGGUGUGAGUGCCGGAGGAGGGGCGGGUGUCGGUGUUGGUAUCAAUAUAGGGAAGGGUGGUGUCAAUAUUGGCAUUGGUGUGGGUGGGGGCGGUAGUGUCAGUGCCAGAAACGGCAGCGUCAGCGUAGGCGGGGGUGGUGGGAAGGGGAUUGGGAUUAGUAUCGAUAAGGGGGGAAUCAAUGUUGGUAGUGGAGGCGGAGUUGGCGGGGGAGGCGGAGUUGGAGUUGGUGGAGGAAGCGGGGGUGGUGGCGGUGGUGUUGGUGUGGGGAGAGCAGGAGGAGCCGUGGGUCAAGGAGGAGGUUCAGGAGGCACAAACGGGAACAGUGGAGGUGGCAGCGGAAGUGGUGAAGGAUCGGCUGGAGGAGCAGGAGGAGGAGGUGGUGGUGGCGGCGGUGGUGGACCGGGUGAUGGUGGCCGAGGUUAA